CUGUGAAUGUGCUCUCCCAAGUUACGAGGUGUACUUUCUUUUCUCUACAGCAUCGCACGGUUAAUGGUCUUUUGAAAAGAUUCACAAAAGAUGAGACAGAAAAAAACGUAAUUUUGACCUUCCAUCCUACCACGGUCACUCUCCCGCCUAGCCACUCACGUUGCCCAGUUUGGAAUAGAUGGAAAUCUGCUACCCACUAUGGUUGAUGACAAUUAUUAUGUAUCAGGAGGGUCCUCGCCCUGUUUUUAAUUAAUGGAGGGUCGAUGGUAUAUAUACAAGUAAGGGACAUCAUUGUGUCGUCGAUGAAACUGACAGUGCCACUCAGCAUCACCAUGAUUCAGUUGUUCAUCCUUACCUUAUCAGUGGUUCUUUCCCAAGUAGCCGCCAUAUAUAAUUAUCCUUAUUACAUAAGUACUGGAACUAGCCAACAAUAUAAAUCGCAAGACGGAAUUGGCAAUUAUCAGUUUGGAUACGAUGAGGCCCAUUCGUCUGGUGGUACCUUUCGUAAGGAAACCGGUGAUGCUUGGGGUAACAAAUACGGUUCCUACGGUUUAAGAGAUGCUGAUGGGCGCUACCGAGUUGUCAACUAUGUUGCUGAUGGAGCUGGCUUCAGAGCAAACAUUAAUUCUAAUGAACCAGGAGUAGCACCUGACGAUCCUGCAUCAACUGUCAUCAACAAACCUGGAGUACCAGUACCAGUUGUUCAAGCACCAAUUGUUCAAUCACCAGUAGUCAGCAAACCAGUUCUUUAUGCUCCAAGCUUGCACCAUGCUGCAUCCCCUCAAUUUCCUUUGCUGUACCAGACAUACUCUCCUGCUGGGUACUACAAAGGAACCCCUUUCACUUCAAAAGGCACCACCUACAUUACAAAUAAAGGAAGUCCUUAUUAUGGGUAUUACAUUUAUCCAUAAUUUCCAUCCACUUGUUGACCAAUUGCCAUUCUUUGAUUAGUUCGCACAUACUUACAUGGUUUAUUGUAAUAAAUCAAAGGCCAAAUUUUGAUUUGUGGUGUUAGUUUAAAUUGAAUCAAUAAAAUUCUCAUUUUCCAAUUGUU